AUGGUUUCUUCACUUCUCGCCCUCGGCGCCUUGGCCGCCACUGCUAUCGCUGCUCCCCUCGAUGCUCGCGCCAGCUGCACCUUCACCGAUGCCGCUGCCGCCAUCAAGGGCAAGGCUAGCUGCACCAGCAUCAUCCUCAACGGCAUCGUCGUCCCUGCCGGUACCACCCUCGACAUGACCGGUCUUAAGUCCGGCACCACUGUCACCUUCCAGGGCAAGACCACCUUCGGCUACAAGGAGUGGGAGGGACCCCUCAUCUCCUUCUCCGGUACCAACAUCAACAUCAACGGUGCCUCUGGCCACUCCAUCGACUGCCAGGGCUCCCGCUGGUGGGACUCCAAGGGAAGCAACGGCGGCAAGACCAAGCCCAAGUUCUUCUACGCCCACAGCCUCAAGAGCUCCAACAUCAAGGGUCUCAACGUCCUGAACACCCCCGUCCAGGCCUUCUCCAUCAACAGCGCCACCACCCUCGGCGUCUACGAUGUCACCAUUGACAACUCCGCUGGUGACUCCGCCGGCGGCCACAACACCGACGCCUUCGACGUCGGCUCCUCCACCGGUGUCUACAUUUCCGGCGCCAACGUCAAGAACCAGGACGACUGCCUCGCCAUCAACUCCGGCACCAACAUCACCUUCACCGGCGGUACCUGCUCCGGUGGCCACGGUCUGUCCAUUGGCUCCGUCGGCGGCCGCUCCGACAACACCGUCAAGACCGUCACCAUCUCCAACUCUAAGAUCGUCAACUCCGACAACGGUGUCCGCAUCAAGACUGUCUCCGGCGCCACUGGUUCCGUCUCCGGCGUCACCUACUCCGGCAUCACCCUCUCCAACAUUGCUAAGUACGGUAUCGUCAUCGAGCAGGACUACGAGAACGGCUCCCCCACCGGCACCCCCACCAACGGCGUCCCCAUCACCGGCCUCACCCUCUCCAAGAUCACCGGCUCCGUCGCCUCCUCCGGCACCAACGUCUACAUCCUCUGCGCUUCCGGUGCCUGCAGCAACUGGAAGUGGAGCGGCGUCAGCGUCACCGGUGGCAAGAAGUCCACCAAGUGCUCCAACAUCCCCAGCGGCAGCGGUGCUGCUUGCUAA